AUGGGGAAUGAGAGCAAUACAUCUGUCGACAAUGGCAUACCUAAAUCAUACAGAGAUGCAUUGCUGUCAAUAUACACUAUUGUGCUCAUUGGAGGGACCAUCAGCAUGUCCCUCAUGAUCAACAUCAUCAAGUCCAACGUCCGCUCGGUGACCACUACAGCUGUUCUGAACCUGAUCGUGGUCCACUUCCUCUUCCUCCUGACCGUGCCCUUUCGCCUUUAUUUCUACGUUGCCGGCAAGUGGCAUCUUGGUCCUAACUUCUGCAAGGUGGUCAGUGCCAUGAUCCACGCCCACAUGUACUUAGCCUUCGUCUUCUACGCGAUCAUUCUGGUGAUCCGCUACCUGAGUUUCUUCAGGAGGUCCAGGCAGGUGGAGUUCUACAGGAGGCUUCAUGCCCUGGGGGCCAGUGCUGCUGUCUGGGCCCUCAUGCUCAUUGUGGUGGUCCCUUUGACUGCUGUGAAGUAUGGAUCAUCUACAGAUAAUAACACAACAACCAAUGACGACCAGUGCUUCAAUUUCGGAAGGAUCUUUGAUGAGAAACAUACUGUGGCUGUGCUGAACUACAUCCUCUGUGCUCUCAUCAUCGUGGUUACAUUGGCCCUGGCCUGUUGCCAAGUGUGGAUUUUGGGCUGUGUGUACAGAACUCACAAGGCGAUGAUCUUCUCUCAACAGGAGUUUUGGGCUCAGAUCAAAAGUCUUUGCUUUAUGCUGGUCAUUAUAGUAUGCUUUGUUCCAUACAAUGCAUUCAGGAUUUACUAUGUGAGUAAUUAUGAUGUCAGUCUCCAAGUGAAGAAUGAGCUUGCCCUUGCUUUCACGACGUUCAGCUGCUUUGACAUGCUGACUUUUAUAGGGAGGGGGUCGUUCAGACACUGUGAUACAAUAUGUUGUGUAUCAUAA